AUGAUUGUGCGCAGCUGCGCUCGUUGCGCCUCCAGAGCGCGAGUCCUCCGAUCCAAGCCGAGCAUUUCACCACCGCGAUACCAGUUCAGAAGCUAUGCGACACCCCAUGGAGCUCCCGCAGCGCCAAUUCACAGCGGAAAUGCAGGGCUGCUGGCGCCGUUUGUGAGCGAAUUGGAUCGCAUGGCGCCGAGUUUCGACCUUCGGGGCGACCAGAUCCGGAUAUUGAAGACGCCGACGGAAUUCUACGAGACGCUCAAGGAUCGGAUACGGAAUGCGAAAAAGAGGAUAUUCCUGUCGACGCUGUACAUUGGCAAGUCGGAAAAGGAGCUCAUCGAGACGCUGCGAGAGGCGCUGAAGCAGAACCCUGACCUGACGCUCAGCAUCUUGACGGAUGCGCUGCGCGGCACUCGCGAGUCGCCGAACCCUUCAUGUGCUUCGCUGCUUGCGCCGCUGGUGGAGGAGUUUGGGGCUGAUCGAGUCGAGAUACGGAUGUAUCAUACGCCGAAUCUGACGGGGCUGAAGAAGCAGUAUGUGCCGAAGAGGAUCAACGAGGGAUGGGGAUUGCAGCAUAUGAAGCUUUAUGGCGUGGAUGACGAGAUUAUCAUGUCAGGGGCAAACUUAUCGAUGGAUUACUUUACGAAUCGACAGGAUCGAUAUCACCUCUUCUCGUCCAAGGAGGUGACGGACUACUUUUGGAAGCUUUAUAAUGGCGUAUCGUCGUUUAGUUUCCUUGUUCAACCGUCGAAAGAAGAUGCGGCAGGUUUUGCUCUUACAUGGCCGGCAAAGAACUCUGCUCCGUCACCGCUGGAGAAGCCGCAGUCUUUUGUCAAGAGCACUACGUCUACGUUGCAGGCGUUGAUAUCUGCGCCUGAAAAAGUACCGGAUAGCGAGUUUAAGGAUACUCGGGUCUAUAUGCUCGGCCAGAUGUCUCAGGUUAUGCGGCCGGAUACGUCGACGGAGCUUCCUAUACUGACGCGGAUUUUGGAGAGAUUGUCUCAGCCGGCGUAUGCGGGAUCGUCGUGGACGUUUACUGCAGGAUACUUUAACCCUGCGCCAUCAUUAACAAAACUGCUGCUCAACACUGCUUCGAAUAACAAUAUUGUCAUUACAGCAGCGCCGGAAGCCAAUGGCUUUUACAAGUCAAAGGGAGUUUCCGGAUUAUUGCCGGAUGCAUAUGUGCUACUCGCACGCCGCUUCCUCUAUGCCGUUCAGCAACGUGGUCGCGAAGGAGACAUUACACUGAAAGAGUGGCGCUUCGGCACGACUGGCCAGCCCGGCGGGUGGACAUACCACGCAAAGGGUCUGUGGAUCACGAUGCCUGGAGAUGCGAACCCGAGCAUGAGCAUCGUGGGAAGCUCCAAUUACACGAAACGAAGUUACUCGCUCGACCUGGAGGCCGGGACGCUGAUUGUGACACGAAACGAGGCGUUGAAAGCACGGUUGGGAGAAGAGCAGAAGUGGCUGCAGGACCAUGCGGCUGGAGUUACGAUGGAUGAUUUUACGAGAAAUGAGAGGAGGGUUAGUUUGAAGGUGCGGAUUGCCAUGUGGAUUGUCAAGGUUGUGGGAGGCGCUUUGUGA